AUGCUCACAAUGAUUCCAGUCAAAUCUGCAUUGGCUCAAGGCACUACACUGCUGAUGGCAAGGAUGCCAAUGGGUAAAAUAUCUUCUGGCAUGCAUCUACGUAACAGAACAGCGAAUCUAAUUCAUCGAAAAUUUUCGACUAAGAAAUCGAGUCAUCAUAUUGUGGGACAAGCUAAAAGUUCUGUAGAACGAAAUAAAUAUGCGAUGACUACUCCGGUCUCCAUGAAAUGGGCCGUGUUGACAGGUGUCACAUUGGUUAUUGGUACUAUGUAUCUUGUAUCGAGAAAGGACAGUAGUCAUGGUGAUACUGGCAACGAAAUAAAUAAGAAAAAAAAGCAUUCAAAGGGCAGGUACAGCGCUAAGUAUGAAAAGAUUAAGAUAUUCAAAAAUAAUUGGGUCUUUUUCUGUUACUCUACAUUACCAUUAAAUGCGCUUUCACGAUUGUGGGGCCAAGUCAAUUCUUUGACACUGCCAAUGUGGCUUAGACCCAUCGGCUUCAACUUCUAUACAUUCCUUUUCGGUGUCAAAAUUGAUGAAAUGGUUGACCCAGAUCUAUAUCAUUACGCAAAUUUAUCUGAAUUCUUUUAUAGAAGUAUCAAGCCAGAAUUACGACCAAUUGCAGAAGGGAACAAUAUCUUAACGUCACCUAGUGAUGGUAAGGUGCUACAGUUUGGCAUAAUCGAUUCAGAAAGUGGUGAAAUUGAACAGGUGAAAGGUAUGACAUACUCAAUAAAGGAAUUUCUGGGAACUCACGCUAAUCCAUCAAUGACCCGAACUGAAUCUAGUUUCAAUUUGACUGAUCAAGACGCAAAGCAUGAAGAAUUCGCUAAAAAUAAUAACUUCAAGGUACGGUCCAAUGAAUCAAGUGACGUGGAAGACGAGGAUAGAAUAGAUGAUGUUUCUACACAUGUGAUAAAUUUCGAAAUUGAAGGUGAUAAAUCGUUACAAAAAUACAGCUCAAGCGAGUCUAAAACGCUAACUUUAUUAAAUGAGCUGUCAUUGAAUACCGUUCUUUCUGCAGAUGAAAAAUCCGAGCCUAAAAACACUAAACUGUUCUUUGCCGUAAUAUACCUAUCUCCAGGGGAUUAUCAUCACUAUCAUUCUCCGGUAGACUGGGUUUGUAACACCCGUCGCCAUUUUCCUGGUGAUUUAUACUCUGUAUCUCCUUAUUUUCAGCGUAAUUUCCCGAAUUUAUUUGUCUUAAAUGAACGUGUCUCAUUAUUAGGAUAUUGGAAACAUGGAUUUUUCAGUAUGACACCCGUGGGUGCCACAAACGUAGGAUCUAUUAAACUAAAUUUCGAUGAAGAGCUUGUUACAAACGUAAAGAGAAAGAGACAUUCAGAUCCAAAAACGUGCUAUGAAGCUACCUACAAAAAUGCAAGUAAAAUUUUGGGAGGUAUGCCCUUAGUCAAAGGCGAGGAAAUGGGAGGAUUUAAACUAGGUAGUACUGUUGUAUUGUGUUUUGAAGCUCCAUCAGAAUUCAAAUUCAAUAUUUCAGUAGGUGAUAAAGUUAUGGUUGGCCAGGAAAUCGGUAGAAUAGAUUAG